ACGGCAAAACGAUACAAAAAUCCAUACAGAAAUGCAAUCUUCAGAAUUAAAAUUAGAUUUAAAUGAUGGUGAUCAACAUGAAAGGAAGUUGGAACGACAAAUUGCUGAAUUUAAAGCGGAUCCCGAACGGAUGAAAAGUGCUAAUGAAUUUGUAAAUGAAUUAUUGGAAAAAGCACAAAAGGAGGCAUUGUUAAAAGGCAAUAAAAUGCAAUCAAUGGAUUCAAAUAUAGGUGAUGGAAAACCCAACUUACGACAGUGGCCGAAUCGGGCAAGAGGAUUCAUGUCAAGAGUAUUCCAAGCAAUCUGCAACUGUACAAAAACGACAGGACCUUUUCCAUUCCCUACAAAAUCAUCAUAAUGUUAAUUGUUUAUCAAUUACAUGAUUUAAA